AUGCUCUUGGACCUCCAGAACAACAAAAUUAUGGAAAUUAAGAAAGAUGACUUCAAAGGACUUAGCAAACUCUAUGCCCUGGUGUUGGUGAACAACAAAAUCUCCAAAAUUAACGAGAAAGCUUUUGAGCCGUGUGUUAAUCUGCAGAAGUUGUACAUCUCCAAAAACAGCCUUGAAGAGAUCCCCAAGAGUCUGCCCAAGGCUCUGGUGGAGCUUCGGAUCCAUGAAAACAAGAUCAAGAAAAUCCCUAAAGAUGUCUUCAACGGGCUGAAAAACAUGAACUGCAUUGAAAUGGGAGGGAACCCUCUUGAAAACGGAGGCAUUGAAGCUGGAGCAUUCAACGGUCUAAAACUCAACUACCUACGCAUCUCCGAAGCCAAACUGAGUGGCAUUCCUAAAGGUCUUCCAGCUUCUCUAAACGAGCUCCACCUGGACCACAACAAGAUUCAGGCUGUUGAAAUGGGAGAUCUUAGUUCAUUACCUAAUUUAUACAGGUUAGGACUGGGAUACAAUACCAUCAGACAGGUAGAAAAUGGAAGUUUGUCCUCUCUGCCCAUUCUAAGGGAACUUCACCUCGACAAUAACAAGCUCGCCAAAGUGCCUCCAGGACUGCCAGACCUGAAGUUCCUACAGGUUGUAUACCUCCACUCCAACAACAUCACCCAGGUGAGCGUCAAUGACUUUUGCCCAACAGGAUUCGGGGUGAAACGCGCUUACUACAACGGAAUCAGUCUCUUCAAUAACCCAGUGCCCUACUGGGAGGUGCAACCUGCCACUUUCCGCUGUGUCACCGACCGCUUGGCCAUCCAGUUUGGCAAUUACAGAAAGUAG